UAGUCUGACUGAAUUCAGCUGUUCCAAAUCAUUGUUUGAUGGUGUUGGAGUUUCCUGUUGUGCUGCACAGUGCACAUCGCAAGUGUAUUCAACUGGCAGCUUCACCUCGUCCUGCCCACAGAGCAGCAGUGAUACACUGAAGAGGAGACAUCUGGCCCUAGGCUUUCCUAAGGAGACGGUGUCUUUGGCACACGAUAAUAUUGCUGUAGUUCCCACAUUCGCUUGAAUUGUCAUAUGAAUUCUGUGAUGUGGAUGUGCAUGUAAUAGAAAUAAUGGACCAGGACAGCAAGAGUGCAAGCUUCUCAGAAAGCCUCGUGCUGGAUAACGCUGAGAAAGGAGUUGUUGUUGCAGGAGUCAAAGACAACACAAUCUCUCCAAAAAGUGGAGAAAGGUUUGUUGCAGCAACAAUACAACUUGAUAAACUUGAGAAAAACGAUGUGGAGAAAAUCUUGAAGGUGCUGGAGCCAUACGAAAGCAACAUAAAUCUUCUGACAAAGAAGGACUUGAGCCCCGGUGUUGACCUUGGCUCUUUGGGAGUAGGUCUCAAAGAUUCGGCAGCGAUAUUACAGAAGGAUCUGUCGCUGGAUGCAUCAGCUCAGGGACCAACCGUUUCCCUUGAUGGCCUGAAUGGAAAGCUUAAUGAUGCACAAGGGUUGGGGGUAAAAAUAAGUGAACCGACUCUUAAUGGAGACCUUCCCAGUCUUAGCCUAAAUAAGCCAUCAACUGAUGCUGGUGCCACAUUUAAAAUGCCCUCCGCAGGGUUUACGAUGCCAGACAUAAAAUCAGAUUCAAGUGGAACCCUAGAAGUACCUGAUAUCAGUGUCUCAGCUCCCAAUCUUAACACUCCCACUGCAACACUAGACAUCAACAAACCAGAAGUCGAAGGCAAAAUGAAACACAAGGCCCCGAAAUUCACAAUGCCACACUUCAAUCUACCUGAUCUUGAUGCACCAAAAGCAGACAUUGAUGUCUCUGGUGAUCCAGGUCUUCCUUCAGUCAGUGGAAGUAUGGAGAGACCAGACCUCAACCUGUCAGCUCCAAAGUUAGAUUUGAAAAGUAAUGAUUUGGAGCUGAAUGGGCCAAAAGUGGAUUUGAAUAGUCCUGAUGUAAAUGUAAAGGCCCCAGAUGCUAAUAUUGAGGCACCCUCAGGGAAAAUCAAGUGGCCCCAUCUAAAAUGGAAAAGUCAAAAACUCAAAGGACCAGAUGCCAACUUAAAUGCUGACCUGUCCACACCUAAUGCCAGCAUUUCCACACCAAAGAUUGAUGGUGAUCUAAGUACCCCAGAUGUGAAUGUUGGCUCAGCUCAAGCUGAUAUUAAAGGCCCUGAUCUAGAUGUUCAAACCCCAGAUCUUAACGUUGAUGCCCCUUCUGGUAAGAUCAACUGGCCUCACCUGAAAUGGAAGAAGCCCAAACUUGAAGGAUCAAAAGCAGACUUGGACAUGGAUGCAGACCUAAAACAACCUGAUUUAAGUCUUUCAGCUCCAAAGAUUGAGGGUGACAUUAAUGUACCAAAUGCUGAGCUGAGUCUUCCAGAAACAGAGCUAAAGGCCCCGGGUGUAGAUGUUCAUGCCCCAGACGCUGACAUUGAUGCUCCUUCAGGAAAAAUUAACUGGCCUCAUCUAAAGU